AUGUUACCAAUAUUUGAGGAAGUUGUGCCAACACCCCAUGAGUUGGAAACUCUUAAAUUGCCUCCUGUUGCACAUGAUAUACCAGACGUCAAACAUGGAGUUGAUGGUGUACAUGGUACUGAUUUGGUAGACGAUGAUUACGAUGAUUUUAGUACCACACCAUCGCAUCUGUCCAGUGGCAAACAACAACAAAGGAGUGCCAAUUCUGAUUCCUCGCGAGGCAAGAAACGGACGCAGUUUUCAGUUUCUGUUCCUCCUUCCAGGAAAAAACCAUCACGGAAGGAAUCUGGGAUAAAAGGGACAAGGAAACCAGAUGCACCUACAGCACCCCGAACAGAUGAGUUUAAACUGAUAAGGGAAGAGAUUCGGAUUUUCAAGAAAGAAGUGUUUGACUACAUGGAUAACAACUUCAAAAAGUUGUUAGAUGCAAUAAAGGGCAAUCAAACACCAGAUAAGGUCGGCGACACAAUGUUAAAAGCUGACUUACAUAGUGAUGGUGGGAUUUCUCAAGGCAAUCAAAGUGGCGGUGCAGUAAAGCUUUCAACCAAAGAGAAUCAAGGUGGUGGUGCCACUUCCGCGCAGAGGAGUCAUCCAGUGGUUGAGGGAGUUGGGUUGCCAAUUAAUGAUCCGGUUUCUGUUGUUGAUGUGGAUAAAGAAACCGGAGUUAAAAGUGAUGCACAAACAGAUGGAGUGCCCAUAACACCAAUCCAUUUAAAUUUUGAUGAAUCUCAGCAAAUCGGCGAUAUGGAGAAUGCUAAUGCUGAAUUUACCGCAUCAGAGGAAAUGGUAGCGGACUUGCUAAUCAACUGCCCUUUAGCAUGUGUUAUUCCUCUCGGUCCUCCUCCAGUACCACGCGAUGAUCAAACCGAUUUGUCAAGUUUAAGGACUCCUCAGAAUGUGGACAAUAACCCGGUAACCAUCUCUCAGUGGAUGAUUCCUGAUUCUCAGAUACCAAUCCAACUUGGAGUACAACCAACAACCGGACAAAGUUCAACUAAUGAAACUGAACAACAAGUUGGAGUACAACCGAUAGUUGGCCACAGUUCAAGCGAUGAAACUGGACAACAAGUUCCCGUACAACCAAAUGCGGGCCAAAGCUCAAGUGGUGAGACUGCACAGUUUUCAAACUCUGAAAAACAGAUCAUUGUCCAUCCAGGUGCUGCCCGAGAAAGGAAACCAAGCAAAUAUAACCUGUCCCCUUAUUGUCCCAAUUUCAGCUCAGCGGGUUCUUCUGCCAAAAAUAUCGGUCCUUGCAUUUAUCAGAAAAAACACCCAUUUGUUGACCACCCUAUAAAUGCCCCGUUAGAUACUUCGUUUCUUCAAGAAUAUCAAAAGUGGCUUGAGAAGGAUCUGUUGAAAUCGCAUGACAAAAGGAAGCCAAAUGAAAAUCAUUACAGAAAGAACAAGGAAGGACUCGAUCCUGCGGAUGCCGAACUUCAGUUGCAUUUAGGCGUUACAGCCGUAGCCGACAAAAACUGGUUCUACUUGUUAUCUAUGGAUGGGCAACUUUGGACUAAUGAGGUUGAUGGAGUAGGUUUAGUUGUUGAAAUUUACAAAUCUUGGGAAAACCCUGAUUCAUCCACAUGUGUCGCCAGUAAGGAAGAUGAAAUGUGUGAGUACAUUAACGGGCACAGGCUGUUGGCUAAUGUACCAUGGUAUACUGUUGACAACGUACUAAUUCCUGUCAACAUAAAAGAGGAAAAUCACUGGAUUUUGGUUGUGAUAUCAUUCACUGACAGGUCCAUCUACGUAUACAACUCAUACCGAGCUGCAGGGCAUGAUGCUGUCGUUAGAGUCGGAGUGAAAAUGUUGGCUACUCUAGUGACACAUAGUCUACAAAUGACUGAUUUCUAUGAGAAGAAGGCGAAUAUAGAUUUUGUCACACAUCCUUCUUACAGAAAUAGAGAACAGACCGACAACUUUGACAUUGUGAAUGUAGACAAUCUCCCGCAACAAGCUCCCUCUAGCAUGGAUUGUGGUGUGUAUGUGGCAGCCUUCGCUGAAUACUUGAGCUCAAGUGCAGUCAUCCCAACCGAAUUCGAUGCAAAGUUACUCCGUAUGAGAUAUGGUGCCCUUUUAUGCGACUAUGCAUGGGAUAAGUCAAACAACAAUGCAUCAAGUGAUAACGAACAGCCUCCAAGACCAAUUAGACCGGCAGUUGAUUACGAUGCAGUUGAUAAAGAGGAUCUUGAUUAG